GCGGCGGCCUGGCCCGGCCCGGCCCGGUCCGGUCCGGAGCGGAGCGGCGCGGUCCGGCCGCGCCAUGUGGUUCAUCUACGCGCUGAGCUGGCUGUCCCUGCUCAUCCAGGUGGCCUUCGUCACCCUGGCGAUCGCGGCGGGGCUCUACUACCUGGCGGAGCUGAUAGAGGAGUACACCGUCGUCACCAGGAGGAUCAUCAAGUACAUGAUCUGGUUCUCCACGGCAGUGCUCGUGGGCCUGUACCUCUUCGAACGCUUUCCCGGCUUCAUGGUGGGCGUGGGCCUCUUCACCAACCUGGUGUACUUCGGCUUGCUGCAGACCUUCCCUUUCAUCAUGCUGACGUCUCCAAAUUUUAUACUGUCCUGUGUGCUGGUUAUAUUGAAUCACUACUUAGCGUUCCAGUACUUUGCUGAAGAGUAUUACCUGUUCUCUGAGGUUCUUGCCUAUUUCACCUUCUGCCUGUGGUUAAUUCCCUUUGCUUUUUUUGUGUCCUUAUCGGCUGGAGAGAAUGUCCUGCCUUCCACAGUGCAGCCUGGAGAUGAUGUGGUCUCCAAUUACUUCACUAAAGGAAAGAGGGGCAAGCGCUCUGGUAUCCUGCUCAUCUUCUCUUUCAUCAAGGAGGCCAUCCUGCCCAGCCGACAGAAGAUAUAUUGAGCCCCGCACACAGGCGGUGUUGGCAGUGGUGAAGGAGCAGGACAGACUCAAACUAUGCGGAGGGCUGCGUGACAGUGUUGUCCCCAAGCCUCACUUGAACCCUCCUUAAUGUCUCUUUGAGGGAUUUUGCUAGGAGUGUAUAAACUGUGCAAUGGCUGGAGGUGCCAGCAGCGCUGGACAGGUGUGCGAGGAGGACUCGUGUUUCUCUGCGCAAAGGCGGGAGGUUGCCUUUUUAUACAGGUCUGCAGAUCCCCUGGGACUGUUUGCAAGAAGGAUGUUUGAUUCCAGCUGGAUGCAAGGAGGACCCAACCUCCUGGAGCUGUGCAUCCUGCUCAGAGACCUGUGAGGUGUUGUCAUCUGCUCUUACUUAAAGCCAGAAGUCUUUGUAUGAUGUAGUUUGGCUGUGGGAAAGCAUUCCCUCAGUACUGCAGCAGAACACAGUUGACAUUUAACUGAGGUUUACACAGAGCCAUUAAUUAAAAAAAAAAUAAAAGUAACCAAACUCUUGAACUCCCACAUAUUCACGUCUGGAAGCCUGCCAGUGCUGGAGGAUGCUGGCAUCCCAGCACACUUGUUUGUUGCACAGCACACGUCUGUGAUGUGAAUGCGAUGACGAGGCCCAGCUGGUACCGGGGCGCAGAAGUGCUGCUCGGCCUCGCAUCUCCCAAAGGUGGCCAGGCUGUUAAUCUCACACUGUUCUCUGAUGCUGUAGGGAGGUGACCUGGAAGGACUUUAUAUCACUUUUUGUUUUUUUUUUCCUAAUAUUGGAAUUGCCCACUUUUGUCUUCCCUGUUUUUGCUGGAAGCCUCUCUUAAUGGCUUAGAAGCUGCUGUAGUGCUUGGUAUUUGAUUAAGGCAUUGGGAAGCUGUGUUGUUUAGAGAACAAUUCUCCAUUUAAUAUGAAUAGGUGUCAGGAGAGCAAGCAACUGAGCAGCAACCACCUCAGCCUCGUUUGGCUUUCAUUCGAUUGGCACUUGCACUGCCAUUAAACUCGCCAGACCUCCGUCAUUUCUAGAAGAAAAAAAAAGUAGAUGACCCUACUGAGAAGGAGGUGGGAAACCCUUUGUUCUUGUUUUUGUUCCUUCUCAAAAAAAUCCAUUUUUUUCGCUUAGUGUUUCUUUAUUGGUCACCAUAAGUCUGUGCCAGAAGUAAAUCUCUCCACCUUAACCCGGAGCCAAGGCUGUUUGUGGCAGUGAGUGCCCUGGUCUAGAAGCACGGUUGUGGUCCUGAAAGGCUUUUUGAGGUGUCUGUGAGAAAAUGCGUUGUUUUCUCCUGUGGUCAGUUGUGGCUGGAGGCAAAGACGGGACGCUCGCUCCCGUAACACACAGCCUUCCUCUGUACAUCAAGAACUCCACGUCCCUGGGUUUGUUCAGGGGGUCCACUAACAGUGUCUGUUCUUAUGCUGAAUUUAGUAGAAGUGUGAUUUCUGUUUGAGAGCCACUCUUCUGUUUAAUAAAGGCUGUAGGUGAAGUUUGCCUUAUCACCAGGAAGCUGGAUGAGGUGAUGUCUGUCUAACUCUGUCUUGCAGCUCCCCAGCUGAACCCAUCAGCACCUGAAGCAGGAGCCUGUGUGACAUGAGGAAAUUGCCUCCUCUGUGUGCUGUGAUCUUUUUUUAGAGAAACUGGAAAAUGAGAGAACUACCAAAAGGAUCUGAGGGCUCCAGCAGCACAUCGCAGUGCAGCCUCGAGAGACGUUGAUCCGUGCAGCCUGUGCUCUUAGAGCAUCUGUUACCAAGAAAAUAUUUUCAGUACAAAGAGGCUCUUGAAUAUAA